CAGUACUCGCACUGGAAUUCGAAAAUAAUUACCCAAAAGAAAACGGUGAAAACCAUUUUCGAUGGAUUCUGUAUUUUGGGACGACGACGCGUUGCAGAUUUCAUUCUGAAGACUAUCAACGAUAAUAUUGAAACGAGAACAUUUCUGUGCUUAUUUGCUUUCCAUAUUUUUAUCUGACCUACCUAUCACAAGCUCCACCGGAUACAACAAGGAUAGGCAGUGCUGGAAUUUUCCUCCUUGUUGCCAGGGCCGUGAAUUAAGGGUUUGGAGGGCAUUCGUGAAACGAAGAAAUAGGACCAAUCACAGCUACACAAUCUGCAACUCCAAAGCAUAGUCCUGCGGGAGCGUGAGAAAGCAAGGUUGCGUACAACACGAUGGAAUUGCCAUUUGCUGUUGAGUCUCCAGAUGUUGGAACAGAAGACAAUGGUGCAAGGAAUAAUUCGCUCCAGCAAUCGGAAUCAGACUCCCUAGUCACGGCAAGCUCUCAAGGGAGUUUCAUCCACUCGACCGAGAACAAUCUCCACAUCAUUCCUGAUCAUUGCGGUCCGCUAAUUCCCAACACACCCCAAGAAAUUCUACUGCCUUCUCAUCACCAUGCGCAAUCGCAACAACACCAGCAACAGCACCAGCACCAGCAAGGACAACUGGUGGUGAUACCUGGUGCUUCUGAAGAACAUACCGGUGGCAUGGCAGAUGGCGGGUAUGGAGAUCCCGAAUACGAUUUCACUUAUGUCAAUGUAACUGAAAUAGAAGCUGGGGAGGACGGCGUGUUGCUGGAAGGAGAAGACUUUGGCAUACCACAAGACCAGGUGAGAGGAGAUGUUCUGGCGGUCCUGAUUGGAGGAAUGCAGGAAAACGAUGGUUGUUCGAUAUUGGUAAGUAUGGAACAAUAUCGAAAUCUCGAAAGGGAGGAUGAGAAACAGGAAAUAGAACGUAUUUUUGACGCUAAAUAUGGAUACUCACCGGACUGCUUGAUUUGAAUUUUUGCUUCUCAAGAACAAAACAGAAUCAGCAAACGAGAUGGCAUUAAAGGCCUCAGAGGCAAAGAAAAAUGGGUAAGUAGAGUUUGAUCCGACUUCGAAAAAAUGUCAAGACCCAGGAUCAAAACUAAUUAUUCUUUUCUCCAGUGAUUUGCUUUCGGCGCUCGAGUAUCACACAAAGGCAGCAACAUUGUACAAGGAUAUUGCAAAGGUCAUUCGAGACAGAAAUCGUGAGUAAUUAUGUACACAACGCGAACGUUUCAUCUUGGAUUUGGAAAGAACCAAAGGAAGCUCACAUUUGGUUGACGUGGAUUAUGUUCUUCUAAAAUCUCUAUUAUUAUUGAAUGACAGCUCCUCUGGCAAGCUCGCUUUUACUUCUCAGCCAGACUCAAGCAAAGUCUGCGAUUGCGUUGAAGGGUAUAGUUAAAUUGAAUCCAGCCGAACUUCGACAAAUACUUUCUCCUUCUUCCAGAGACUCGGGAGAUAACCCUGUACCUGCUGCCGCAUCGCACAAAGAGCGUCUGAGAGCAGCUGUCCGAGGUGCUCUCUCUAGCCAUCCUCAUGAAGCAGAUCUGUCCGACUCUCAAUUCUUGGGAAGCGCAGAAAACGAAACGACAGGAAAACUCGCAACAACAAAAAAUAGACUAACAUCCGUACUGAACGACAGCAAAGGUGCACGGAAGAAGAAAAACGAUGAUAUAAGAAAUGAUCAUGAAGGGACUCUACUUGUCGCUGAAGAACAGAACAUAAGCAAUCCAAUUGAUGUGAUGAUGGAGCUAGAACGAGAACUCAGAGAUAUUGAUAUGGCACCAGAGCUCGGAAAUUCAAUUUCGUCACUAGAUACCAGGAUGCAAAAUAGAAUGAAGGGUUCAAUGAUGGGUGAUGGUAGCUUCAUGGUCGUACCGCCAGGAUCAAGCUCUUAUAUGGCUUCCUCGAUGUGGGGCACUCCUAACAAUCCCAGACAAAUUGCCAACAACCAACAAGGCACUGCGGGAGUCCGAGCACGAGCCAAUCGAGUACAAGCUCCCGCUAGCCGACCGGUCCACCACCCAUCCCAAAUCGGAGCUGCACCAGUACCGAGCAACAAAUAUGCACAGGGAUUGGAAUCCAGCUGGUGGGGAAAUACCAACACUGCAUCGCAAAUUUUGACCUCGUCGGUGAUGUCACUCGGAGUCCGAGGGAUUGAAGGCGGACCAAUCAACGAAAUCUCGAGUGGUCAGUCAACACAAAAUACAAAGCAAAUUAUGCGCCUGAUGGACUCUUUGAAAACCUUGGGAGACGAGAACGCUGCUCUUUUGAGAGAAGUAGAGGAACUCCAAGCUGCACGGGCAGAAGCAAAAGCUGCGAGAGAAACCAUGAAGCGAUUUAAAUCAGAAUACGGCCAACGCUUCAAUUCGCUCAAAAAAGCUCUGGAAAAGUUCCGGCAGGAAAACCCCACCGGAAAGGGCAAUGGGAGCGGUCCUGUUAAUACGAGUGAAUUUAUGAAGAAUGCUUCUGUUUCUGACCAGCUACAACGGAAAGACCAACUCAUUGAAAAAUUGACCAGAGAUUUGAAGAAAGAGAAAGAAGAGAGCAAGAAAAAGGAUUCCGUAUUAAGGAAGUACGAGAGCUUCUAUAGAGAUAUCAAAGCUCGUAGUGCGCAAAAGGCAGCUCAGCGCCAGACACAGCAACAGCGCCAGAAUUCAAAACAAACUCGAACGGCCACGUCUCGAGUCCAGCGUUAGAUAGAUAUUUGCAUUUCGACUAAAUUGGAAUCACAUCGAAUAAUCAGUGGAAUGAUUUGAAUUAGAAGAACGGUGAUUAACUUCAUCAGGUUUUCAGGACAAUCAUUAAAUUUGCAAUUUAGAUCAUUAGUAUUUUGAUUUGCGUCAGACACACGACGCAUCAAAGUGCAAGGAACUAAAGAAGUCGACCAUAUUACAGAAUAGACCGCCUACAGAUUUUUCAGAUUUUCGAAUCUUGCUGCCAAGUCAUUGUACGAAGCUGUGUCUUUCCCACUCGAUGGUUGCGACUGAGAUCCAGACGAGUCGCCAUUGUUUUGGUUGUCAUCCUCGUCGUCGUCAUCCUUAUUGGUUGCAUCACUUGUAUUUGUCAUAGCGGGCGCUUGCGGUAGAUCUAAAGAAGGAGCAUUGGAUGUGCCCGGUGCGGAUGGAAUGUGAAAUUCUGAUUGAUUGGAUUUCACUUUUGCAUUGUUAUUACCAGCACCAGGUGCUCUCGGAGGUGGCAAAGAUUGUCCUCCAUCGUAAGUUGUGUCGUCGUCUCCGGUCACCGUCAUUCCAGUAUGCGCGGCAUGCCCGAGACCCGUCCCCUGUCCUAUUGGUACAGAAAACCCAGAUGGAGGUGCCAUUGGUUCUCCCAUCUGCUCUGCUGAUAGACGAUAAUUGGGUGACCAGUCUACUUCAAACUUUUCACAAAUUUGUUCCAAAUAUGUCUGUACAAGAUAUGCAGCUGGAGGCUGGACAGAAAGCUUAGCUACAACGCGUUCGUUCAGGAUGCCCCCUGUAUUUGCCAUUGCAUCUUCGUCGAACUUCUUCCCAUAUUUUGCUAUAAAUUGCUUCCGAAUUUCUAUCAGCUCAGGAAUAUCAACCCGUGGCGCAGCGUACAUCAAUGUCGAGAUACAUGAAAUAAGAUCUGGCGGGCAUUCCUUGCUAAAUUGAAUCAGUUUGAUCCUCUCGCUCAGGAGCUCACAAUUAAGACUAAGAAUAUCG